GCAGUUCCGUUUCCUCCCAGCAGGGGGCAGCACGACAACAAACCACCCGCAGCCCUGAAGGAAGCAAAUCGAAACUCCUCAAUGAGUUCACCUUCAGUUAAAUAGUUUGUCCCUCUGUUCUCUCUCCUCUCGUUUAUUUUUUUAUUUUUUCAAAUCCUGUGGCGUGUGGACAAGAUGAAUGGCUCCGUGCACCCAUCGGCCAACGUGGUGGACAUUAAACUGAAGCGCGGACCGGCAGGAUUGGGAUUCAAUAUAGUUGGGGGCGUGGACCAGCAGUAUGUUGCGAAUGACAAUGGCAUAUAUGUGGCCAAAAUCAAAGAAGAUGGAGCUGCAGCCCUGGAUGGGAGACUUGAAGAGGGAGACAAGAUCCUGGCGAUCAACGGAGUAAAGCUUGAGGAUCGGACGCAUAAACAUGCAGUGGACCUGUUCAGGACGGCAGGAGAGGACGUGGAGCUACGUGUUCUGAAAAAGACGCCGCAUCACUUGAAUGGACCCACAGGCUCACAACCCGAGCACGAAUCCUCUGCGUCUUCUCUGGGAAUUCUGGUGGCUUUAGCUGGAGUUGCGGCCGUCUGUGCAUUCAUUUACAUGCGGAACCUUAGGAAGUCGUUUUAACUGAGCCGUCACCUGUGUAUUAUUUUUUUAGAUCAAAAAACUUUGCUAAAGGCCAAAGAAGUGAAAGAGGGAACAAACUCGAAAACCUUAGACGUUAUUAUUCUUGAUUAGUCGGUGUCGGUGUCACUGAUGAGUUCCUCCGUGCUCGUGUGUUAUUAUGUGAUUAACAGUAGCUUCUUGACACCCUUCCUAUGCAAAAAAGGAUGUUGUCUUACUGCAAAAAUUAACUCUGUGAUGGUAAAGAAGAAGAAUGCAAACAUGACAUUCCUGCUGCCGAGCUGAGCUGGGCUGAGCUCAGGCACGAAACAGGUUGAAUACCCAGAAAAACAUGAAAUCUUUUGGGUCAAAUAUUACGGACUCGAGCUUCAGGGUCCUUUUUUUUUUUUUUUUUUUUCCCCCAAACUGAAAGACAGCGUUGUGUUCAGUCACUCGUGGGCCUCCCUGCACCUCCAUCACUGAAUGGCAGAUCUGUGCGAGGGGCGACGUGAGAGGAACCCGCUGCACUUUCAGUUCUGUCGGUUUGAUUUUCAUUUUGCGCUGUUGCACAGAAUCAUGGGAGGAGCGGCAGCCGGCAGUGAAUGCGAUUAAGUGUGUAAUGGACUUUAGAGUGCCUUUUCUGUCUGCUCCAAGUGGCGAUGGUGUUGUUUGGCCCCUGUUGCUCCACAUCGUGAUCAAAAUGAAAAUCAACCCACUACGUCCGUUAAUGCGUUAAAUUAAAGGAUGUGGCUGCUGAUAUGUGUGUUUCUCUCAUCGUCAACAAAAAGCCCCCAAACCAGUAAUGAGUUAGUCCGUCUUUCAACACUUUCCUCGUCCUUUGAUUCAGCAUGUAACUGCAUGUUCACAAGUGCCUCUCUGGGCUCCUCAGUCUGGUGCGCACUAUAGGUUUUAAGCAAACAGCACCCACACGGGAGGAAGUGAAGUAUUUGUCUGGGACUAUUUUCAGCUGCGGAUUAACACACUCUAAUCAGGAGCAGGAACACGGCUCACCCAGCAUGAAGCUCCUUGAUGUGUUUUUAAUGGUUCUACAAAAAUGGAGCUCUGUGGCACCGAGGAACAAGAUGUAUCAAACAAUACUCGAUAGUAAAAACAAUUCAUCGCUGGUUUUGGUCUUUUAAUGACUCCACUGUUUGUUGAAUGAUUGAUGAGUUGUCAGCUUCGUAAUUAAUCUGCAAGUACUUUUUUUUUUGUCAUUCAUUAAUCAGUUGGAGUCAUUUUUAAAAGGGAAAAAAGACAGAAUUCACCAUUUCCAGCUUCUUAAAUGUGAAUAUUUUGUGGUGUCUUUACUCCUGAAAACUGAAUAUAUUUAUUGGCUUGUGGAUGAAUUAAGACAUUUGUGGUUGUCGUCAUCCUAUAUAAUGAUAAGCGUGUAUUUCCUUUUCAAAACAAAAGCCUGAAGAUUGUCGUGACAGCUGUUCGAUACUCGAUAUUGUGAAAAGAAAAUUGUGAAAGACAGAAAAUAAAGCGAUAUGUGAUCAUAUGUAAUGCUGCACUGAUAUGACAAUUUGCAGACCUCUGUUUGACCAAACCGAUUUAAUUUAACAGUUUUAAUUGUAGUUAAAUCUGUCUGUAAUUAGAAGUUUGUCUAAAAAAGGGAAAAAUUUGGGAAAGAUGUGCCGCCUACAACCCACAGAUAUUCAGUUUACUGCCAUAAAGGAGUAAAAAGAAAAAAAACACUCACAUUUAAGAAACUGGAACAGAGAAUCUUGACUUUAUUUUCUUAAAAAAUGACUCAAAACUAUGAAUUGAUUAUCAAAAGGGUUGACAACUAAUUGAUUAAUCUUUGCACCUCUGUUGUUGGCUGUAAGAAAAACACAGAUUAUCAGCAGACUUUUUAAACAAAACACACUUCACCGGAGUUUGAGUUCAGAGAUUCACCAAGUAGUUUCACUUUGAAGGGUUUAUUCUAAAGAGUCACGCGGUCACUCAGGGUGAACCAUCAGAUCUGUAUCAGACACAAAUCAUUCCUUAUACGUUUAUCAUGUGUUGGGCAGCUCGUUACUUAAAACUCGAUCGCAGCUGCCGUGUUUAUGUUUUGCUCGGACCAUGUCAAACAAGAUUCAGCAUCGAGGCCAGUGCUUUAAAAUUCACGUCGCACUUUCUGCUUGUCGUGGGGUGAAAGUGAAAUAAGAAGCAUGAUCCGACGGAGUUGUUUCAUGUAUGUGAAGGGUCAACAGCUUAAUACUGAUGAGCAGCUCGAGCCGGUUCACUGUAAAGGUGACUUUUCUUUAGCUGUCAACAACUUUAAAUGUUUUUGUUUUGUUUUUUUGCACUAGCCACAAUCAUGGAACGCCUCCAGUAACAGCCACAGAGCAGAAGAAUAACUGAAUUGUGUGUUUGUCUACAUGUUUCAGUCUGCAGAGCGUCUGUCAAGCGAUUGUCUCUGACCGAGUGCGGCUGUCGUUGUCUGUAAAUACAUGUCAUGUCGCUCUGCUGAGUGGGAUUGUGAAUAUGUGCAGUUAUGCCAGGAAAAAAAGUCAAUCAGAAGCACUAAUAAAUUAUGCAAAUACUGUGUGUUUUACAUCAAAGCACCUACUGUAUUAAAAUUCAUGUUGAAUUCAA